AUGGCCGAGAAAUCGAAGAUGGAAUAUACUAAUUUGGGCAAAUCUGGCCUCAAGAUCUCCAAGGUUAUCCUGGGGGCCAUGUCAUUCGGUUCGAGCGAAUGGCAGGAAUGGGUCCUGAAUGAAGACGAAGCCCUUCCUCUCCUCAAACAUGCGUACGAUUGCGGCAUCAAUACGUGGGAUACUGCGGAUAUCUACUCCCACGGACGCAGCGAAGAGAUCAUCGGGAAAGCUCUCACGCAAUACUCCAUUCCGCGCUCUCGUGUGGUCAUUCUCUCCAAAUGCUACUUCGGUGUCAACCCCAAAUCCCCCGGCAUGCCCAUCUCCGCGGUAUCCACAAACGACGGCGACAUGGUCAACCAGGUUGGAUUGAGCCGCAAGCACAUUCUUGACGCUGUUGAAGCGAGUGUGAAGAGGCUGGGCACAUACAUCGACGUCCUUCAGAUCCACAGAUUAGAUCGCGGCACACCGAGGGAGGAGAUCAUGCGGGCACUCAACGAUGUGGUGGAGAAGGGGUGGGUGCGCUACAUCGGCGCAUCAAGCAUGGCAACAUGGGAAUUCCAGACACUUCAGAACAUCGCCGAGAAGCACGGCUGGCACAAGUUCAUCAGCAUGCAAAACUACCACAACCUCCUCUACCGCGAAGAAGAGCGCGAAAUGCUCCCCUACUGCUUCGACACCGGCGUGGGCGUGAUCCCCUGGUCCCCCGUCGCCCGGGGCGCCCUGACCCGCCCCUACAACUCCCGCGACACCAAGCGCGAGAAGACGGACAAGUUUCUGCACAACCUGAUCCGCAGCCGGGAGAACGAGGUGGACAAGGCGAUCAUCGACCGCACGGAGGAGGUGGCGAAGAAGAAGGGGGUUAGUAUGGCGGCUGUUGCGACGGCAUGGAGUCUGCAUAAGGGGUGUAAUCCAAUCAUUGGGCUGUCGAGUAAGGAGCGAAUUGAGGAAAGUGUGGAGAACAUCAAGGUGAAACUUACGGGGGAGGAGGUCAAGUAUUUGGAAGAGCCUUAUCUGCCUAAGGAGAGGGCAGGAUAUUGA